CUGAUCAACAAGUCAAACCGGUAGAAAAUAAUAGUACAGUCAAACUACAGCAAGAGAGCAGGAGGAGACACAUCCAGCCAGGACAUUCAGCACCCUGAGGGACGACAGUGAUUUCUGUUUUUGGCAACAUGGACGUGCUAACUUCAAGGAGGAUUGUCCUACUGGGGAAAACUGGAGUUGGGAAAAGCAGCCUGGCUAACACCAUACUGGGAGAGGAUGUGUUCAGGAUAAGCCACUCUCCCAUCUCUGAGAAAAGUCUCUCUCAUGCAGAGACCAAAUCUGUCAAUGGGAGAAGCAUCACUUUGAUCGACACUCACAGUUUCUUUGACACAUGUGGGUCGGAGACAAUGCUCAAGGCUGAGAUAGUGAGGUGUAUCACAGAGUGUGCUCCUGGGCCUCAUGCUUUUCUCAUUGUGCUUAAAGUGGAGAAAUUCACAGAGCAGGAGAAGGAAGUCAUCAAAAAAAUAUGCCAAUAUUUCUCUGAAGAUGCCUUAAAAUAUGCCGUGGUUGUCUUCACUCAUGGUGACCAGCUCCCGGAAGGGAUGAAAAUUGAGGAGUUUGUCGGUCAGAAUAUAGAUCUCAGUGACCUGGUGAAGAAGUGCGGAGGCCGGUGCCAUGUCGUUGAUAAUAAAUACUGGGAGAACGGCGAAGAGGACGACUACAGAGGCAACCAGUUCCAGGUGGCAGAGCUUCUCAACACAAUAGACAGGGUGAUUGAGACAAACAAAGGAAGCUGCUACACCAAUGAGAUGCUAAAAGCAUGUGAGAGACAAAUACAACAAGAGGAAGAACACAUUAGACAGUCAUUCGGAAACAUGUCACAGGUAGAGAGGAGAAAUAAGGCUAGAAUAAGUGUUUCUGACAAGUUAUUGAUCAGACUAGCGGGUACUGCAACUGGCGUAUUGAUAGGAGCUUUGCUUGGUAUGACGGAGAUGGUCAAAGCAGCUCUUGGAAAUUUUCAGGAUCUUUCAGAUUUGUCGGCACUAGCUUCAACAGCAAGAGAAAGGGCUGCAUCGGCUGCUCUAAGGGGGGCAGUAAAGGGUGCUCUGAGGGGAUAUGAUGCAGCUAAAGGAGCAAAAAGUCCAGGGGAAGCCAUAAACAAGACAAUAAAGGAAGUCUGGAAGUAAUCUGGGGUUGCAGAAGAUCAAAAAAAAUUAAAAGUAGUAGCUGUAGCUGUACUUACUAAUUCCUGUCAAUUACUAAUAUCACUGUGAUUACUUUUCUACCAGUAUGGGGUAUAAUAAGUAUACAUCUGAGAAAUAAUUGGUAACGACAUGUUAUUCAAUUUUGGAUCAUUCCUAAGGAAAAUCAAAAUGUUAUUGUUAGCGAGAGUUCAAAAAUAUUUACUAUGAAACAGGAUGUAAACAGACUGCCAUGGGAUGACUUGUGAUUAAGAUAUUAAGAUGAAAGUGAUUAGUAUCCUGAAAUUAUCUUUAAGUAUUUGCCAUGACUUUGGGAUACUGAAAACUAUUUAUUGAAGUCUUUUUGCAUUUUGUUUGUGUGAUUCAAGAUUACUGCAAUAAGUUUACUGGCCAUGAAUGAUAAGACUUACUAAGACUAACACUUUAAUAAUUCCUAAGGU